AUGAGAACAAGUCAAAAUACACGAACAACAAAGCCGGUAAAUGAAAAAAGAAACGAGCGAAUUACGACACGUACGCGCCUCCGUUUGCGACAAAAUGAACUGUAGAAAAUUUUAUUUACAUUGAAUCUAUCAUUCAGCAGAGCCGCGAGCUGUGCAUUCAUGAUUUCGAAUUGUCAAUGGACAAAUCAAGCUUUCAAUGGAUAUACGAUUUCAUCAACAACACCAACAGCAUUGUCAAUCAUUUGUAUCUUAUGGACGGGAUACAAAAGAAAUUACUUUUACCAAAUGUGGGAAUGUGA